UACAAGUACGAGGCACCAAACCUGGUUUCUUUCCAUUUUAGUUUACUUUACUUAUUUAUUUUUUAAUUCUGUGUAUUUGUGUGAGUCCAUGUGGAGAUAUGUGCACAUGUCGUCUGCAGGUGCCCAAAGACCAAAGGAUUACUGGAUCCUUUGGAACUGGAGUGUCAGGCAGUUGUUAGCCACCAGACGCCAGAUGUGGGUUCUGAGAAGCCCCUCUCCAGGCCCCUGGGCUCUUUUAGAAUGAUUUUAGUUUUACAGAACAAUCCCGCUUGUUUUUCUUCCUAUACGAUGAUCUGCUCACUGAAUUUCCGUCCACUCUGCUAGCUUCCCCUUCCCUUGCAGCGGCCCUUGGGUGACAGCAUUAAGACUAUGUCCACCAUCCCCCCAGGGCUCCAUGCCACCAUUCGAUCACGAUCUGUGCUGCUUUAGGUUCCAGGUUCUGUGUCUCUCAGAGACAACUGUCAGUAAACGUGAAAAAUGGAUGGCAUCGUUGUGACUUUCCUCCAACCUCAACUGACACCUUUGUCUUCACACCAGGCACUCCCCCUUACAUCUGUCAAAGGCUAGGUUCAUUCCCUACAAAUUUGUUUCCUCUUCAAGUUUCCAAGUCCUGCCUGUGUGUUUCAGCUGGCACUGGUCACAGUGGGCACUCAAGAGGUACUUGUUAGACUAUAUUAUAAGCAUCAAUACUCCGACAAAUCCAACAGGGAUAAAGAACAGGGGAGGACAGGGGGAGGCUUCGAGUCUUGGAGGCCAGGAGCUUGUUGUUGUUGUUGUUCUGCUGUUUUGAGACAGGGUGUCUGUCUAGCCUGGAAUUUACUACGUAGACCAGGCUAGCUUUGAACUCAUAGAGUGCAGUGCCAUGGCUGGUUUUCUAAAUUUUGUUUUGUUUUGCUUUGUUUUUUGAGUUAGAGUCUCACUAUAUAGUCUUAGCUUGCCUGGAACUCACUAUGUAGACCAGGCUGGCUUCAAAAACGUAGAGGUCUGCUUGUCUUUGCCUCUCAAAUGCUAGAAUUUAAAGGUGUGAGCCACCAUCCCCAGCUUUAAAAAAAAAUUUUUUUAAUAUUCUGAAUAUCUGAGUGUGGGUGUAUGCAAACAAACCCAGGUGCUGGCAGAUGCCAGAGGAGUUAGGUUCCCUGGAGCUUGAGAUAUAGGUAGUUGUGAGGUGCUCAAUGUGAGUGCUGGGGUUAAUUCAGGGUCUUCUGUAAAAGCGGUGUAUGCUGUAGUCUGAAUUUUGUUCUGUAAAACAGGGUCUUGCUGUGUGGCCCCAGUUGGCCUCCAAUCAAAGUAAUCCUCCUGCAUUCCCCUCCCAAGGACAGGGUGUGUAGGUGUGUACCACCACACUCCAUUCUGCCAGGUUUUUGUCUUGUUGAGACAGGCUCUCACAACCUAGCCUUGACUAGCCUAGCCCUCCCUCUGUAGUUACCAGGCUGUCCUCAAAGCGGUGACAAUCCUCUCGGCCCUGCCUCCUGGGUACUACAAUGAGGCUCUGUCUGGUUAGGUUUGUAUUCGGGUCUUUUGUUGUUGGUCUUUGUUUUUAGUCCAUUUGCUUUUGGAGACCUUCUCACUUUAUAGCCUAGGCUGGCAUGGAAUUUGUGGCAAUCCUGCCUCAGCCUCCCGAUGCUGGGGUUCCAGGGACACCCACUGCAUGGGCAGCUGUGUCACGUUGUAUUACUACUUCUGGUUUUGGUUUUGGGUGCUACGUAGGACACCCCCAGCCUCGGUUCCCUCUCAAAACGAGCAAAGAGAGCCGACGAGGCUUCCUCAGGGAUUUUGACACUAGAGGGAUUUGGAUUGUUUGGUUUUGCCCCUCUCUCGGGGUCUCCUCACUCAUGCUCACUGUCCCUCUGUGACUUCAUUCUUUGUCUCUGGUUCCAUUCCCUACUCUGUGACGUCAUCAGAGGUGCCGUUUGCGCAUGUGAGUCGGAGGGCUCGCCAGCCUGGUUUGCUCAGACUCAGCUUUGGAGACGGGUCUGGAACUGAGCUCCCUGUACCUCAUCCUCGGAAGCAAAGUGGAGAUCCACUUCCGGUUGGCUUCUACCUGGAGCAGGUGAUGUGCAUUUGGCUUCUGGAGCAGCUUCCAAGAGGCCAAGGGUGUAUCUACUGCCAUUUCUAGAGUUCCUUUAAUGGUUAGAGUCUAACCCAUGGCGGUCUCCCCACCAUCCCAGGCCAAGCAAAACAAAGUCCCAUCAGCCUUAGAACUGCCCCAGAGGCUGGCACCAAGCCUAGAGCAAAAACCGGAGUCUCUAGGAGAGGAACAUUCGUGCAUACUGAGGGCCACAGCUGCAGCUCAGACCCUAGCCAGUAUCAUCCGGCCUUGCUAUGGCCCCUAUGGCCGGCAGAAGUUCCUGGUGACUGCUAAGGGGCAAACCGUUUGUACAGGUCAUGCCGCUGUCAUCCUCAGGGCUCUGAAACUGGAGCACCCAGCUGCCCAGUUUGUCCGAGAAGUAGCCCAAACACAGGCAGAGAACACUGGGGAUGGCACAGCCUUUGUAGUUCUCCUGACUGAAGCCUUGCUGGACCAGGCCCAGCAUCUUUUGUGGGCUGGCUUAGCUCGAACCCAGCUCCGGGAGGCCUUAGCCACGGCCACAGCAGAAGUCCUGACAGCUCUGCCUUCCCUGGCCAUCCGCGCUCUAGGGCCUUUGGAAGACCCAUCCUGGGCCCUCUAUUCUGUGAUGAACACCCACGCCCUCUCCCACACAGAGUAUUUAACCAAGCUCGUGGCUCACGUGUGCUGGGUUAACAGGGAGCCAAAUGGCAGCUUCAAGCCUGAGCGUAUUGGCGUGUGCAUGCUGCAGGGGGGGACGCUGAAUGAUUCUCAGAUUCUCACGGGGUUAGCAAUAUCUGGGAAGCCCUGUGGACAAAAGACCGAGGUGCUAGCUAAUGCCAGGGUGGCCCUGUUUAUUUGCCCCUUUGGUCCGACGAAUACAUUUGCCCUGGCCACACCCUGUCUCUCCAGCUCUGAAGAACUACUAAGAUUUCGGAAACAAAAUGAACAAGUGGAAAACCAAGUAACCGAGCUGGCUGCAAUGGACAUUAAUGUGGCAGUGGUAUGGGGGGAAGUUAAUGAGAAUUUGGUGCUCCAGGCUGACAGUUGUGGCAUCAUGGUGAUUCAAGCCAAAUCCCGAAAGGAGAUGGUCUACCUGAGUGAGAUGAUGGGUACUCCUCUGCUCACGCGGCUGCUUCCGCCCCCGGAGCAGGGGAAGUGCCAGAAGGUUUACAGGCAGAAGUUUGGAGACAGUGUGGCAAUGAUGUUUGAGUGGGAAAACGAGAGGUCACCUUUUUUCACGGUGCUCCUUAGGGGACCUACCAUCCAGGGACUUCGGGGUGCAGAGCAGGCUGUCUACCACGGCAUUGAUGCAUUUUCCCAGUUGUGUCAAGAUCCCAGAGUGCUGCCAGGAGCUGGUGCUACAGAAAUGGCUCUAGCAAAAAUUCUGGUGGACAAAGGCAGCCGACUGGCAGGCCCCGACGGUCUGGCCUUCCUAGCAUUUGCCCAAGCCCUGCGUUCUCUGCCUAAAACCUUGGCCGAGAACGCAGGCUUAGCUGCCCAACGUGUGAUGGCAGAAAUGAGUGGAAUUCACCAAGCUGGGAACUUCCUCGUUGGAGUGGGAGCAGACGGGAUCAUAAACGUAGCCCACGAAGGGGUGUGGGACAUACUCAGGGCCAAAGCCCAAGGCCUACGAGCUGCCGCUGAGCUGGUGCAGCAGCUGGUGGCUGUCGAUGAGAUCAUAGUGGCCAAGAAGACUCCUGUCUAUCAGCAGAUUACAAAACCCACCUCGAAGGCCAAGGGAUCCUCACCCCUGAAAGAAAAAUUUUUUGGAAAGUACAUAUAGCAACAUGCUAAA